UGGUGUUUUUCCACUCAGCAGGAUGGGUGAUGCUCAAUGCUCCCUCAUUAGACAACAGACACGAGAGGUCAGGAAGAAAGCGCUUAUAAAUUACCGUUUCCUCCCUCACAGCCCGGUUAGUCGCCUUGCCACUCUCCCCGGGACACGUAGGACAAAGCCGCCGACAGCUAAGAAGCUGGACAGUUACCUGGCCAGGGACAAACAGCUGCUGCAGGAAGAGAAAAUCCAUUCUGGAGAGACUCUUCUUCAUUGCCUCACCCUAUGGAGGAACCAGCACUGCCCAUCCACAUUGAGGAGGGGACAGACGUUCCAACGGAAAGCAAAAAUAUGGCAACAAAGGAGAAACUUCAGUGUUUGAAAGAUUUCCAUAAGGAUAUUCUCAAGCCUUCUCCUGGCAAAAGCCCCGGAACUCGGCCUGAGGAUGAGGCGGAGGGAAAACCACCACAGCGUGAGAAGUGGGCAAGCAAGAUUGACUUUCUGUUGUCCGUGGCUGGAGGAUUUAUCGGUUUGGGCAACGUGUGGCGAUUUCCGUAUCUCUGCUAUAAAAAUGGCGGAGGUGCAUUCCUCAUACCUUAUUUCAUAUUUCUUUUUGGGGGAGGUCUUCCUGUGUUUUUUCUGGAGGUGGCACUAGGACAGUAUACCUCCGAAGGAGGAAUUACAUGCUGGGAAAAGAUCUGCCCUAUUUUCACCGGAAUAGGUUAUGCUUCCAUCGUAAUUGUUUCGCUUUUGAAUGUGUAUUACAUCGUCAUCCUGGCUUGGGGACUGUACUAUCUGUUCCAGUCUUUUACAAGUGUCCUGCCCUGGUCUCACUGUCACCACGAGUGGAACACGGAUUCCUGUGUGGACGACACUCUCAGGAGAAACAAAACACUCUGGCUGUCAAUGAAUGUCACCAACUUCACAUCUCCUGUCACAGAGUUUUGGGAGCAAAACGUAUUGAGCUUGUCUUCAGGAAUUGAUGAUAUUGGUGUUGUCAAGUGGGACCUGGCUCUCUGUCUCCUCCUUAUCUGGGUGAUAUGUUUCUUCUGCAUAUGGAAAGGUGUCAAGUCCACUGGGAAAGUUGUGUACGUAACAGCAACAUUCCCAUUCGUCAUGCUUUUCAUACUGUUAAUCCGUGGCGUCACGUUACCUGGAGCUGCAGAGGGCAUCAAGUUUUAUCUUUAUCCUCACAUGGCUCGGUUAGCUGAUCCUCAGGUCUGGAUAGAUGCCGGAACACAAAUCUUCUUCUCCUAUGCAAUCUGCUUAGGUGCAAUGACUUCCUUGGGGAGCUACAACAAAUACAAAUACAACUGCUAUAGGGACUGUAUGCUGCUGGGAUGCCUGAACAGUGGUACCAGUUUUGUGUCUGGCUUCGCAAUUUUUUCCGUCCUGGGCUUCAUGGCACAAGAGCAAGGGGUGGACAUUGCUGAGGUGGCAGAGUCAGGUCCAGGACUCGCCUUUAUUGCCUACCCGAAAGCUGUGAGCAUGAUGCCACUGCCAACUUUUUGGGCUAUUCUUUUUUUUAUUAUGCUUCUUUUGCUUGGCCUGGAUAGCCAGUUUGUUGAAGUUGAAGGACAGAUCACAUCAUUAGUUGAUCUGUACCCAUCCUUCCUAAGGAAGGGUUACCGACGGGAAAUCUUCAUCGCUAUAGUAUGCUUCCUCAGCUAUCUUCUGGGACUAACUAUGGUGACUGAAGGUGGCAUGUAUGUAUUUCAACUCUUUGACUACUAUGCAGCUAGUGGUGUAUGCCUCUUGUGGGUUGCAUUCUUUGAAUGCAUUGCUGUAGCCUGGGUUUAUGGCGCUGAUAAUAUUUACGAUGCCAUCGAAGAUAUGAUUGGUUAUAGGCCCGGUCCAUGGAUGAAAUGGAGCUGGAUGAUAAUUACACCAGUUCUUUGCAUGGGAUGCUUUAUCUUUUCUUUGGCCAAGUAUACACCAUUGACCUACAAUAAGGUGUACAUAUAUCCUGAUUGGGCAAUUGGCCUAGGCUGGGGUCUUGCGCUCUCUUCUAUGAUCUGCAUCCCUCUAGUUAUGGUCAUCCGUAUACUACAGUCGGAUGGGUCUCUCAUUGAGAGGGUGAAAGCUGUUGCUGCCCCACGCGAAGUGGACCGGUGGGCCAGGGAAUCGGAAAGUGCUGUCCCAUUCUAUCCUGCUGCCGUGGCCAACGGGGGACUGAUCAAGCCAACUCAUAUCAUCGUGGAGACUAUGAUGUGAGCUCUCUCUAUGAGAGGAAGACACCUGCUUUAAAACUGCCGUUUACUAACCAUAGAAUCUCUCAUAGGACCAGGUUUACAGAGCUUUAUAUUUGCACUAGGUUUAUUUUUAUUUCUCACAGAGAAAGUUAUUUUUUUGUGUGUUUUUGGUUUUUAUUUUUUAAUAUUUUGUAAAGUAAAUCACAGCAGAUGCCUCUCACUGUAUUCAGAGGCAGAGUUUUCAUAUCAAAUUAGGCACAUUGCAGGAUUACUAGUUGUUUUUUUUCCACAUAACAUAUCUUAACUCCUAUUCAUCAUUUCUGGCCACUAAUGUUGAUUUUCUUGCCAGCAAUAUACACAGGCACACACACAUAGAGGAAAAAAUAUGCAUCUACAAAUCUCAGAUAUCUUUAGGUGCUGGUAUGGUUGGGAACAGGGUAGAAUUUAAAUUUAUUUUUUAAAAAAACAGAUCUUUCAGUUAAGGGAUUUGCUUUUUUAAAAGAUAGCAUGCAUAUGGUAUUUUAAGAAACUGGUUUUCAAAGGUGUAGCAUUAUCUUCCUCUGGUUAAGGUGGGGGGGGGGUUUACAACAGGCAACGGGUACAUGCUUUUAGGCUUGCUGUGGUCCAUGUCAGACUAUAUGAGCAUGUGUGUAGAAUUGGAAAAAUGGCAAUAUAGGGUGUAAGGUGGGAGCAGUUAUGAACCAAGGGAACAAUCCAAGUGACAUCCAUUUCAGAGUACAGUGCAUGUGUGAACAGCCUGUACAAGGGUAAGAGGCAGAAUUAUUCAUGUUUUGGGGGCUCUUUUUUUCUCUUUUUGCCCAUUACUUGCUUCUCUGGGCCACUUUCUAGAUCACAGAAGUCCUUUCCCAUGUCAGCCCUGUGCCUAAUUAUCCCUGAAAGGGUUUACAUGGAUUAGUUUCUGAGGAACACAAUCAUACAACUGAGUUGUGUCAAAGUUGGAAGCGUUUCUCUGAAAAGCAUCUGUGUGUCUGGUAGCUUUCCAUGUUACGUUUUUAGACAUGGGAGUAAACUGACAGAUAACUCAUCGCUAGAUAAUGUCAUGUAGAAAGUGACCCACUUUUCAUAGGCUCCUUGCUGUACUCAAGACAAACUGGUAUUGACUUGAAUAUUUUUAGAAUACUAGGGUAGUGUCAAAGAGCACAUAUAAAUACUGAAUUUACAAAGAAAUGCUGCAAAAAAAAGUGCUGUUAAAUUUCAAAAAUUGCUUAAAACUCCCAAAUUUGCCAAAAUUUGUUGUUAUCAGGAAAUGCAAAGGAUUUUUGGGCACUGUGACGAUACCAGCCAGGCCAGGUUGCUAAUUUCAUAAUGAGAACGCUUCUGGAACCUCUGUGGAGGAAGCUUUUGUAGCAAGGCAGAUUCAGAAGAGAUGAUAGGAGCUCUGUAAGUCGUGACCUUCAGAAGAGGAGGAAGCCCAAGGAGAUGGACUGAGCUGCAGAGAUAUUUUAGUGUGGAUAAAAGUGCAAAUGUACUUGAACAAGAUUUCUAUAGGUAAAUUAAAUAUUAAGAAUUUUGCCAUUUAACUUAGAAAUAAGGAUUUGCUUCUAGUAAACUCACCUCAGAUUUUGCCAAGCCUAAGUUUUGUUUGUUUAAUUAUCCUUGCAUUCUGUGUUGGAUAAAAUUUCUAAUCCCUUCUAUAUGGGCAUUUUUCUUGGGAGGUGUCGCCUUCUGAGUGAGUAUUGGUACUAACUGUAAUAUUGGAAGUAUUAGAAGCCAGAAAUAAAAUAAUCUGUUGCCAGUUUAGUCUGUCAGUCACAGAUGCCGUAGUAUAAACUGGAGCCUAGCCAGUAUUUAAACAUUCCUAAAUGCAUUUUUUUUUAAAGCCACAGCACAUUGGCUAUGCACUUGCUUACUAAGUCAUGUCAUUUUUAAAAAAAAUAAAAUGGAAGGGAUAACUUUAAAAUAAGGACCAAAGCACAGCAGUUUCAACUGUCUUGUACAGCGGAUGUUUCUGUAGUUGGAGACUGCAAUUUCUUGCACAUUAGGGAGCUGCGCUUUCGGUAACACAAGUAGGUGAGAACAGGGUGCUUUUGCUUUCCAGUGACUGCUCUACUAUGAGGUCUGUAAAUCCAGCACUGCUGGGGUAGCUGCGGAUCUUGCAGCGUCCUCAGCAGACCCCAGCCCAGUUGAAAUUGCUAUCUAUCUUCCUGCUGAAAAACCUGUGAAUUCGGUAACCAGGAAAAGCAAGCCAACUGAGAAGAAGUUAUCAUUUUCUUUAAUUUCUGCUAGGGCACUGAGGGACACAUAGUCCAACACCAAAGCAAGGCUCCAAUGUAAUUCAAUGAAACAUAGGUCAGAUGCUUAAUCUUUCAUUUAUUUGAUCUGGGCAUAAGAGCUCAUUGGGGAGGUUUUGUUUUUUUUUUUUUUUUUAAAGUGAGGAACAUCCUACUUCAUGUGACGUGCCUAGGGCAUGUUGCAAUAGUUUGUUAACAAUAAGGAAAGGGAGUUCAGAACUUCAAAAACAGCCAAUGCACCAGGUAAACAUCUGGGUCAACCAGGGUAUGCUUUGAGCAGAACAAACCAGAGAAUCUCAGCACUGUACCUGUAGAGUUCCAACUAAUGCAGAGGAGAACCCAGCCCCAUUUGGAUAAGCUGUGCCAUUAGAAUCAGUUGCUUCCAUGUUAAGCAUGAAGAGGUUAUUUAUGCAUGCCCACCAUGACCUUAAAACAUACUCUGGCUGUUUAGACUUGACCGCAAAAGUAAAGCUUGGAUUCAGAGAAAGAAGUUGUAAAAUUACCAUAUAACACAACCAGAUUCAGUCCCAGUUUUCUGUUCUAAGGAGCACAUUUUCACAUCACACAGUUUCUGGAUAAUAGAAUGUGGUAAAUCUGACUGUCAAUAACAGAUUCUGCCAAAUUAAAGAGGUGGGGGUGGGGGUGGUAAGGGAACAUUGUAAACAACUAUUUGUAUUUUCUACUUAUUUAUGAUUGUAAAAAAAGAAAAAGAAAAAUCUGAUUUUUUUCUAAUUUACUUUGUAGAACUUUGUGGCCUAUUUUAUCUGUCAUUUGUAACUGAGAAGUUAAAUAUUCAGUGUUGUGACUGUUGGUGAGCUGGUUCGGAUAUUGGGGGUGCGGGUGGGAGGGUGGAAUUAACUGAAUGUUUAUUCAAAGAAACACUUUCAUUUCCAAAAAAAGAAUAUGGGGGGAGAGAGAGCACCUUUAAUGCUUUGUGGGCUCAUUCACUGGUUUGGCUGAAAUCCAGAGCUAGCAAGGCAUACCGGCUCAUAUAUAAUUAAAAUCAGCAGAAUAUACACUUGUUUGCAGAGUAGUUGCAAGUCUUCCAAAACAUGCAUUCUGCUUUUAAGGAAAUCUUUUGAACUGUUAACAUUCAUUCAUAAUCUAAUUGGAUGGCAUCAAUAAUAUCAUCACCAAUAGUGUAUAUUCUACUGUUUAUACAAAGUAAAUGUGCUGUGUUUAUGCCUACUACUUAACAACUUGUCCCAAAUCUCUGUAUUUGGAUUCUGGUCCAGUUUAACCCACAAGGCAGAAUAAGAAUUGGAGCACGAAUGUUAAAUCCCAGCUGAAAACCUGUUGUUUAUUACUGGAGCUGCAACUGAUGCAACUCUUGUGAGGCAGGCCAGGGUGAAGGUGGGGGGGAUAGAAGAGGAGUGGCUGGGGGACAGGCGGAGCCCCUGUGCUUCCAGCAGAAGGUAACUUGUAGUGAAUUGGCACAACAGAGAGCACAGCAUUGCAUAUAAACGAUGGAAACAACAGUCUGCUUAAAGAUAAAUAGUUGUAUUCUACAACUUGACCUUAGCUGUAAUUUCUUGGAAGAAAAUUGCAUUGAAUUCAGUGGUUUUACGUCUCUAGGUACAUGUGCAUGAAUCUAACAUCUCUUAACUUAAAGAAGUAAGAAAUAUAUCUGCUUUCUUACUUUAAACUGUCGAUCAUCUGACAGGAUAUUGAGCAGAUGCAUAUCUUGCUUUACCCAGGAAGACUUCAGCUUGAAAGCAUUUAGUUAACAAUCUCCAUUUCUCUUUACCAACUUUUGUAUGCCAUUCUCCAAUCUCGUGGCUGCUACAAGCUCAAGACUUCAUGUAAAUCAAAGGAGUUUUCCAUGUUGCACUAACUAAAGUGCGUUGGCUGACAAAACUGCACAGAGCAAAUAAAAUGGGCUUUUAACAACCAACAGAGGGGAGGGGGGAAACCACUUGUGUAGCUCUUAAAAAUAGUAAUCAAACCUCAGAAUCAAAAAUAACAGACAACCCCAGAACCAAACUAGAUUUUUUUUGCUAUAGGAGAGGGUAUAAAGGAAAGCACACACCCCAGAAGUGUUUUCAACCAGCAACAACAAAAAGUCAGACUAUUAGUGCAGAUUAGAAACUGAAACUGAGGCCACCUAUUUGGACUGAAGGCAAGUGAGAACCAAAUCCAGGCUGGAGUCCAUGGAUAGGCAACCUUACUAUCACAUAAUGGGCAAAGUCUUCCACCACCAAUAACUGAAAGCUCCCUAGUCUGUUCACAGCUGAGGCUCAGCCUUUCGUCAGGCAGAAUUCAAGCUUUCAUUUAGGAUUACUGAUACCGCUUUGAUCAAAAAAGGUUUGGAAGUCACCAGGGCAUGACCAUCUGGGUCCUAUAUUGGACUGUUUGAAUCUAAAGUGCAGACAAAUGUUGUGUGAAGAAUGCAGUUUUAAAUUGUAGUACAUGCUAGUUUCAUAGUUUGACUGUUGAUGAAGCUUUAGGGUAUUCCUCCUGUCUCUGCCCACUCCAACUUUAAAACAAACCACAGACACCCCAGGAUGUAUUUUCAUUCAAGCCAAAGGCACUUUGAUUUAAGCCAUUUCUGUUAAUUCCAAUGAUUCAAACAAAUAAACAUUUAGCAGAAGAUCAAGCUUUUUGUGACUGGUGUCUUUGUUAAAUACUAAAAAUAGCCAUGCCCCUGAAGGGCCCAUUCAGAAAAGUCUGCUGAGGAAAAAAAAGGGGGGGGGGGGUUGGAAUCUGCAAGGAACUAAAACAGAAAACUUGGCCGGGGGUGGGGUGGGGAGAGAACUAAAACAGAAAAGCACUCCCUCCGCGCACACACAAAAAGAAGGAAAUCCAUUCCUAAAAGGCAAUGGUAAACUUACAUAAACAGUGAUCUCACAGAUGUUUAUAUCCAGGUUUCAGAAAUGCAGACUUUUAUCCACCAGAGCAUUUCUAUGGAUGGAAGGAUUUCCACCUGUACACUGUGACUUUCUUGCCCCCCUCCCCAGAGCAGCCAGUAAUGCCCCCUAAAUGCCAGCAUUCCAAGAAAUGCCAAGAGACUGCUUUUCAAGGGACAUUUGGGGCUGCAGUGGGAGGGGUGGAGGGAAGAAGGUAAUUUUUUUCCCAUGGGUAAAACUCCCCCUGUCUGCAAAAUGCUCUGGGAGGAAUCUGAGCCACAGAUCUGUAGCUUUGACCCUCAACAUUCUUAUUUGCAAAACAGCCACACUACAUUCAGUGUAACUUUCUUCCUAGCAGGCAAGUUUAAAACUGCAGCCUUAGUCUGACAGGGUUUUAUUGAAAAUUCUGUCAAAAAAAAAACCUAUCAGAAGGGGGGUGGUAAUAGGACGCUGGGUAAGAGAUUAGGGCUGGAGGAAAACCUUCCAACACAAAUGAAUUCACUGAGAUCUGAGCAUUUUUGCAACAAGAGGUUCUGUGGCAGACUGCUGACUUCCUUUGUUUCCAACAUGCAGUGAUGCAGAAGAAUAACCCAUUUUGCAUGUUGUGUCCUCUGUUAAGCAGGACCCAAUAAGUUAGUUAAAAAUCUUUUUUUCUGGAGAAGCCGCCUGCCUGAUUGGUUCCCAAGUGGCUGGCUAAUGAUCAGUUGCAGGGAAGCAGUGCAGAAGCUAACAUUUCAAUGCUGACUCUUCUGUGUGUGUGUUUGACUUGUUUUAACUAAGGAGAGGGUAGGUUGGAGGAUGGGGGUAAGAGAACAAAAUGGCCAGCUGAGAUUGUUCCUUAAUGUCUCCUCCUCCAUCUCCCCUCAGGCAGUCAAUCUAGUGCUCUGAUAACCUUUGCUGUUGUAGUAGAAUAUUGCUGCUGCUGCUGCUGUAUUAAUGCUGUUGCAAUGUUGAGAGGAAUGCAUCUCCAGGGGGUUCAUGGUUAUAAGUAGUACGGACAAACCUCUAUUCUGCUGAAAAUAUGGGUGAACAUUUUUUAAAUUAUUGUUUAAAUUCUCACUUGUGACUACAGUCUGUAGUAAAUAGCUGUGUGGAUUUGAGAGGACACCAGAUGGUCCUCCUUUUAAAAAAUUUUUAAAGUAAUUUUUAAAAAGACAUUUUAGACCUGUUGUUACUUGUCAUCAUUAUUGUUCCAAUAAGGAAUAUUUGUAUAGGAUUAAAAAUUUGGAGUGUACCCUUGAAAAUUAGGUUUCUUUUGUGUAUACAGUAAAUGUUUGUAUUUUGCAGUUUAUCUGUUUUGCUUUUUAGAUAAAAAAAGGUAUAUUGAUAUAUUAAAGUCAUUUUUUUGCUUUUUUAGAUGAGUUUGUAAUCAUCACAAACAAAAAUAAAAUCCUUUCCUCUACAA